GGCUGCUCGGAGGAGGCGGCAUUUGAGCUGUCUUAAAUAAGGAAUAACAUGUUUGCUUGAAGGAGAAAGAAAGGGAAUUCUGGGCGGAGAAGGCUGUGUGGCAAAGGUAGGCAGGCGGGUGGAGGAAAACACUAGGUUUGGGGUGCCUGGAUGUGAGGGUGCUGGGGCCCAGGACUGGAGCGGGCUCCUCUCACUCCCAAGUGUGUUUUCCCCAACGGGGAGUCUGCAGCCCUCGUCCAGGCUACAGCAACCUGGCUGGUGAAGCCCUAUUUUUAUCUCCAGUCUGUGUCUUGCUCUGUCCAAUUCCAGACGUGCAGUUCUCUGCCUCUGGGGUACCCCCACCCCAGAGGUCCCCUAUUCUUCUUUGCCCAGAUGUUCUCAGCUCUGCGCUCAGUUUGGAAUGUUCCACCAUUACUCCUAUGGACCUUAGAGCUUUGACCUGUCUCUCCAGCCUGCUUAUAGUGCUGCUUCUCAGACUGAGGUCCCUGUGGUCUGGGUGACACGCCUGCAGAGCACGCCCGCGGACGCCAUGCGGGGGGCUCUGACGCCCCUAUCUUCGCUGCUGCCACUGCUGUCGCUGCUGCUGCUGGGGUGCGGACCGCGGGCGGCCACCGGAGGCGGGGCCGGCGGGGCAGCGGGCUACGCGCCGGUGAAGUACGUGCAGCCCAUGCACAAAGGACCCGUGGGGCCGCCCUUCCGCGAGGGCAAGGGCCAGUACCUGGAAAUGCCUCUACCGUUGCUGCCAAUGGACCUGAAAGGCGAGCCUGGUCCGCCUGGGAAGCCUGGGCCUCGGGGGCCCCCUGGCCCUCCUGGCUUCCCAGGAAAACCAGGCACUGGAAAGCCAGGGCUACAUGGACAGCCUGGCCCUGCUGGGCCCCCUGGCUUCUCCCGGAUGGGCAAGGCUGGUCCCCCGGGGCUCCCGGGCAAGGCCGGACCACCAGGGCAGCCAGGGCUUCGGGGAGAGCCGGGGAUACGAGGGGACCAGGGCCUCCGGGGCCCCCCAGGACCGCCUGGCCUCCCUGGACCCUCAGGCAUUGCUGUCCCUGGGAAGCCAGGCCCCCAAGGAGUGCCAGGGCCCCCAGGAUUCGGAGGGGAGCCAGGGCCCCAGGGGGAGCCUGGGCCCCCAGGUGAUCGAGGCCUCAAGGGGGAUAAUGGAGUAGGCCAGCCAGGGCUACCUGGGGCCCCAGGGCAGGGAGGUGCCCCUGGACCACCUGGCCUCCCUGGUCCAGCUGGCUUGGGCAAACCGGGUUUGGAUGGGCUUCCUGGGGCCCCAGGAGAUAAGGGUGAGUCGGGGCCUCCUGGAGUGCCAGGACCCAGGGGGGAGCCAGGGCCUCUGGGCCCAAAAGGGCCCCCAGGUGUGGAUGGUGUGGGGAUACCAGGGGCGGCAGGGGUACCAGGGCCACAGGGCCCAGCAGGGGCCAAAGGGGAACCAGGAACCCGGGGCCCCCCUGGCCUAAUAGGCCCCACUGGCUAUGGGGUGCCAGGACUGCCAGGCCCUAAGGGGGACAGGGGCCCAGCUGGGGUCCCAGGACUCUUGGGGGAUAGGGGGGAGCCAGGUGAGGAUGGGGAGCCAGGGGAGCAGGGCCCACAAGGCCUUGGGGGCCCCCCAGGACUUCCAGGGUCUGCAGGGCUCCCUGGCAGACGUGGGCCCCCUGGGCCCAAGGGGGAGGCAGGGCCUGGAGGACCCCCAGGAGUGCCUGGUAUUCGGGGUGACCAGGGGCCUAGUGGCCUGGCUGGGAAACCUGGGCUCCCAGGAGAGAGAGGACUUCCUGGGGCCCAUGGACCCCCUGGACCUACUGGGCCCAAAGGUGAGCCUGGUUUCACAGGCCGCCCUGGGGGACCAGGGGUGGCAGGAGCCCUGGGGCAGAAGGGUGACUUGGGGCUUCCUGGGCAGCCCGGCCUGAGGGGCCCCUCAGGAAUCCCAGGUCUCCAGGGCCCAGCAGGUCCUAUUGGGCCCCAGGGACUGCCAGGCCUGAAGGGUGAACCGGGCUUGCCAGGACCCCCUGGAGAGGGGAAAGUGGGGGAACCCGGAGUGGCUGGGCCUACAGGGCCUCCUGGGGUCCCCGGUUCCCCAGGACUCACUGGCCCUCCUGGGCCUCCCGGGCCACCUGGUCCCCCUGGAGCCCCCGGGGCCUUUGAUGAGACUGGCAUCGCCGGCCUGCACCUGCCCAAUGGUGGAGUGGAGGGCGCUGUGCUGGGCAAGGGGGGCAAGCCACAGUUUGGGCUGGGCGAGCUGUCGGCCCACACAACGCCUGCCUUCACCGCUGUGCUCACUUCGCCCUUUCCCGCCUCCGGCAUGCCUGUUAAAUUUGACCGGACUCUCUACAAUGGCCACAGUGGCUACAACCCAGCCACUGGCAUCUUCACCUGCCCUGUGGGCGGGGUCUACUACUUUGCUUACCACGUGCAUGUCAAGGGCACCAAUGUGUGGGUGGCCCUGUACAAGAACAACGUGCCAGCAACAUACACCUACGAUGAAUACAAGAAGGGCUACCUGGACCAGGCAUCUGGCGGGGCUGUGCUCCAGCUGCGGCCCAACGACCAGGUCUGGGUGCAGAUGCCGUCGGACCAGGCCAACGGCCUCUACUCCACUGAGUAUAUCCACUCCUCCUUUUCAGGGUUCUUGCUCUGCCCCACAUAACACCACGGGGGCCUUGCCGCCUUGGCCUCCUCCUCUUUAGUGGUAGAGAGACCUUCUCCGUUACAAGAACCUCCAUUUAAAGAAAAAAACCAAAGGCUGAACAGACGCGGAAACAGAGGCGGCCGUGGCCUUGGCCUUGGCCCAAGGAGAUGGAUUCGGUUUCUCCCUCCAUGCAGGCUGAGGUGGUUCCUGGAAGAGGCUGGCCUGGGUUCCUCUCCCCCAAGUGUCUGUGCAGUGCUGGGGUUGCACCCCCAUUGCAGGCAGGGCCCCAGGCCGCUCAGCCUGGCUGUCGGAGACCCCUGCCUCGUUGGGAGUCAUGGGCUCUGCUGGGCGGUGAAGGAUGCUGCUUCUCAGAGUCGGAGCUGAGAGGGGCCCGUGCCCCCCCAUGCCAUUUUCCCAGGGAGACAUGGGCCCAAGCCCUGCCCUUCCUGCUGGCCUCUGGAUGGCACCUGCUUAAGGAAUGAGGCAUGGCCACCCUCGGAUCUUGGCUGGGGCUCUUCCAGCUCUCCCGGGACCUCCAGCAGAUGACGGUGGGUCCCCUGAAGAAUUUUUGCUUUCGGGGGAAAGCAAAGGGUGGGGGGCAUUGAGGUGGCCAGUGUGGACACCCUGCCAGUGCUGCAAUCCCAGGGUGAUGCUGUGGCAUCAGGCCUGUCCAGGGUGUGUGGCCCCUCCUGCAGGCUCCUGGGAAUGGCCAGGCCCCUUUCUGCUCCAGCUGCCGCCACAGGAGCAGUGGUUUGUGACAGGAGGGGCACGGACCUGGGGCAGGAUGGCAGCCCUUCACGUUCAUCUCCAACUCCCAGCCUGCUCCCACCAACUGGCUCUGCUCAGUGUAAGGGCAGCUGCACAGGCCCUUAGGGACUGCCGCAGCAGGCACGAGGCAGGAGCGACCGUCAGUGAACACGAGUGUCCUCCCUUUCUCUCCUUUCACCUGCUGGCAGAGGGCUGAUGUUUUCAUACAAAACUGUAAGGUGUCCUUGCCACACUCAGCCUGAGUGUCCCCAAGGCAGAGAGCCUCUUUUUUGGCCCUCAGAACAAGGUACACACAAGCUUUGGGAUGAAGAAGGCUCCCGCCUGCUUCUCCUUAACAAGAACCAUGUGGAGGGUAUGUGUGUCUACCAGAGGGGUUAAUCUGAGGGGGCUUCCUCUCCUUCUACCCUCUGGUUCCAAUUUCCUGUUCUAAGCAGGAUUAGGGCCCAGAAGGCUGAGGCUCUGAGAAAAAGGGUGCCAAUAGGCCCCUUUGGGAUGAGUUGACUCUGGAUGUUUCUGCCAUUUUCCCCAAGCAGAGCCCCCACCUGUAGGAAAUAGGCAGGAUUCCUGCCCCUCCCAUCCCCUAGUUCAAGCUCAGUAGAUAAAGCAGAGAUUAGUGCUGGGACAAAGCUGGCCACUUUCCCCGGUGGCUCCAGGCCUGUCCAUUCAGCUCUCCCCAGGACAGCCCAUUUGUCUGUACCAAGUGUGAACCUGGGUCACCCAGUGUGGUCUCACACUGCUCCAGUACUGGCCAACGCCAGACUGUCCAUGCUGAAAAUGGGAGGGUGGUGGCUGACUUCUGGCUCACUGAGCUGCGGUGCCCUGGGCCCCUCGCCAGGCCUCCCUCCGCGACCCACUUCUCCCAACAAAGUAGGCCAUUUGACUGCUUGCUUUGUCUUUCAAAAGAAGGGAAACCCAAAGCUGCCAAGUGACACUUUAAUAGGUUUUGGCUGGGGUUUGUGGUGGAUUUCUUGAUCCCCGAUACCCCAGAGAAGGAAGGAGUCUCAAAACAAGCUUGGUGGGGUCCCUUGCUCAGCCUCCUUCCUGAGCCGAAGCCACCACCAUCUGACCAGUCAGGGAGGGGUUCUGAUAGGCAGAAAUUCAUCAGCUCUCGGGGGUGGGGUGGGGGGCAUUGCUCAGGGCCUAAGGAGGGCACUGGGGGAGCCAGAAAAAGCUAUUUCAUAGAGCUGAGCUUCUGCUAAAUGUCAUUCUUGAAGCUUUUGGGGAGGGGUGGCUGAUGUUUCUGAAAUGUCUAUGGGACUUUAAUUCCAGGUGUCCACUUAACUGACCAGCUUUGAUAAACAAUGCCAAGUUUUAACUAUGAAAACUACAGUACCUUGGUGCAUUUUUAUAUUCUGAUUUCUAGGGUUUGUGUUUUUUUUUUUUUUUUUUUGGUUGUUUUUUUUUUUUUUUUAAGAUUAAGGUUUAAAUGUUUUCAUUAGUGAUUUCAUUUCUAACUUGGUAUAUGAAGCUUAGUUCUCUACAUACUUAUUAUGUGCCCUGUGUCACAGAUUUGGGAAAAACGCACUUGGGAAUCAAAAAAAAAACAAAAAAAAAAAAAAAACAAAAAAAAACCAAACAAACCAUAGGACUUCUUUUUGAAAAGAAAAACAGCAGUAUUGACUGUAUUGACACACCUCAAUAAAACCUGUUGUAUAAAA